AUGAUGAUGCAGAAACAACAGACACAUAAACAGCAACAGCAGCAGCAGCAGCAGCAACAACAACGAAACGGACAGGAGAAGCUGCAUGCGAAGCAGCAGCAGCAGCAGCAGGCCCAUCAACAGCAGCAGCAGCAUCAGCAGCAGGAGCAGCAGCAGCAGGAGCAUGAGAAAGGAGAGAACAGGGUAUGGCAUCAGCAGCAGGAGCAGCAGCAGCAGGAGCAUGAGAAAGGAGAGAACAGGGUAUGUAUAACGCAGCAGCAAGAAGCAGCACUUGAGUUGCUGCUGCAGCAGAGAUUAAAAAGAGUAAGAGUCGAGCAGCUUGUGCUGCGGCUGCUGCGGGAUAUACAGUGUAGAAAAGGAAAGACAACAACGAAGCAGCAGGAGCACCUGCAGCAGCUGCUGCUGCUGCAGCAGAUACUGCUGCAGCAGCAAGCGCAGAUGUGGGAUACAGCACAUAUACUCAGAGCUGUAUCCAAGCAGCAGCAGCAGCAGCAGCAGCAGCAGCAGCAACAGCAGCAGCAGACGAAGCAGCAGGAGCAUCUGCAGCAGCUGCUGCUGCUGCAGCAGAUACUGCUGCAGCAGCAAGCGCAGAUGUGGGAUACAGCUCAUAUACUCAGAGCUGUAUCCAAGCAGCAGCAGCAGCAGCAGCAGCAGCAGCAGCAACAGCAGCAGCAGCAACAGCAGCAGCAGCAGCAGCAAGAUGCUUUUGAAUGUGAGAUAAAGAGCAGCAUAAGUAAUAUAAGACAGCAGCAACAAAACCACCAUGAGUUGCUGCUGCAGAUGCAGCAGCAAGUAGCAGCAAGUCGUGCUGAUGUGCUGCAGGCAGCAGCAGCGCAGCAGAAACUGAGGCAGCGGCUGCAGCAGCUGAGCGUUGAGUUUAGCCGUUUGUCUUUUGGUGGGAGUGAGGAAGCAGCAGAAGCAGAGCGUCAGCAGCAGCAGCAGCAGCAGCAGCAGCAAGUGCAGCAGCAAGUGCAGCAGCAGCAGCAGCAAGUGCAGCAACAGCAGCAAGAGCAGCAGCAGCAGCAGGUGCAGCAGCAGCAGCAAGUGCUGCAGCAGCUGCAGCAAAUACGGCAGCAGAUGCAUCAGGAUGUUGUUGCUGCUCGCUGCAUCAGCCGCUGCCUCAGGCUAGAAGCAGCAGCAAUCUGCGAUAGGUUGAAGCGAGCACAAAGAAGAAAUAGUAUAUUAAGAGGAGCAGCAGCAACAGCAGCAACAGCAGCAACAGCAGCAACAGCAGCAACAGCAGCAACAGUAGAUAGACAAGCUGCAGUUGAAACGGCAGCAGCAGAAACCGCAGCAAUCAGUUUCCAGCAGCAGCAGCAGCAGCAGCAGCAGCAACAGCAGCAAAUGCAGCAGCAUCAUGUGCGACAGCAGCAACAGCAGCAGCAGCAGCAGCUUAAGCAGAAGCACAUCCAUAAACAGCAGCAGUUGCUGCUGCAGCAACACCAACUGCUGCAGCACUAA